AUGUGGAAGAAAAUCGGGUGCCUAGUUCUGAUUUGGGUGCUACUCCGAGUGGAGCCCACUUUGGGGGAUGAUUUUCCCUCACUAAUUUCGGCCAAUGCUUCGAUAGCUGUUAUUCUGGAUCGUGAAUAUUUGGAUACGAAGUACGAUGAGUUGCUGGAAGGUACCAAAAAGUUGUUCGAAAGAAUUCUGCGAGACAACUUCAAGAAUGGUGGUCUGAUUGUAAAGUACUUUUCCUGGACCAGCAUAAAUUUGAAAAGAGAUUUCACAGCUGUUCUUUCGGUGGCUAAUUGUGAAAAUACCUGGGAUGUGUAUCGGAAUGCAGCGAAAGAAAACUUGGUUGUGAUGAGCAUUACGGACUCGGAUUGUCCCCGGCUGCCGAUGGAUAGUGCUCUUAUGAUCCCAAAUGCAAUGGCAUCAGGAAAUUUUGUAGAACUUCCUCAGGUUAUUAUGGAUAUGAAGACCAUGAACGCCUUCAACUGGAAAGCGGCAGUGUUACUGUAUGAUGACAGUUUCGAUCGCGACAUCAUCGCCCGCGGUGUACUUGCACUGUCGAAAGAUUAUGAGGACGUGAGAUCUUUAUCUCUGUCAAUGUUCCGCAUCGACAGUCACACCCACAUGUGGGAAAAGCGCAAAGCUGUACGGCGAGUUCUACUAAAUCUACCCACCCGAUAUAUUGGCAACAACUUCAUUGCCAUCGUCACCACCCAAACCAUGGAGCUGCUGAUGGAAAUCGCCAAGGAGCUGGGAAUGGUCCAUCCGCAGGCUCAGUGGCUGUACGUCGUGUCCGAUACUACCGAGGAAAAGAACAAUAUUAGCUCGAUCUAUUCGAUUCUCUCCGAGGGAGACAACAUCGCGUUUGUUUACAAUAUGCGAAAAACCGAUCGAACUUGCGAGUCACAAACACUGUGCUACAUUGAGAACAUGAUAACCUCGCUGGUGCAUGGGCUGACCAAGUUGAUACGAGAGGAAAAAGCCAUCUACGGACAGAUCGCUGACGAGGAAUGGGAAGUGAUACGGAUGACGAAGGUCGAGCGGAAGAAUGAAAUCCUCAAAGUUCUUCGUUCUGAUUUAACAGGGAAGGAUAACUGCAACGAAUGUUCUCGAUGGAAGGUAGAAUCCGGUCAGACCUGGGGCUUUACGUACCAACUGCGAGAUGAACCUGGAGCUGCGCAGAGCGCCCGUAACAAGAUCGCACUGAUUGAGGCAGGCUAUUGGACCCCUCAGGAUGGAUUCGUUAUGGAGGAUUUUCUCUUCCCACAUAUCGCCCACGGCUUUCGGGGAAUUCAUUUGAACUUCUACAGUUAUCAUAAUCCACCAUGGCAGUUUGUGGCUUACAAUGAGAGUGGCGUUCCGCAUCUCACGCAUGGCGUGGUUUUAGAUGUUCUCAGUGAGCUAUCACGGAUAUUGAACUUUACCUAUACGAUUACUGUUGCUCAGACUAAUUUGGAGUAUGUUGGAAAUAUGACCGAUGAUGCUAACAGCACGACCACAAGCGACGUACACGCGUUGACGACGGAUGUUCCACAGGAAAUCAUGAAACAACUGAUUGAAAAUAAAAUGUUAUUAGCAGCCGUGGGUGCAACGGUCAGUGAGAAGCAGAAGAAAUUCAUCACCUUUUCGAAACCGAUCAGCAUUCAGACAUACAGUUUCAUCGUUUCAAGACCAAAAGAACUGAGCAGAGUGUUUUUGUUUCUGUCGCCAUUCACAGUGGAUACCUGGAUGUGUCUAGCCGCGACAAUCCUGAUGAUGGCACCGAUGUUGUACGUUAUAAAUCGACUUAGCCCAUUCUACGAACACAUCGGGCGGGAUAACGCAAUCGGAUUGGGAAAGUUGAACAAUUGCUUCUGGUACAUCUAUGGUGCCUUACUGCAGCAAGGUGGUCUUUAUUUGCCGUACGCGGACAGCGGUCGCAUCAUAAUCGGAACUUGGUGGUUAGUGGUCCUGGUGCUAGUGACAACCUACUGCGGCAAUCUGGUGGCCUUUUUGACAUUCCCAAAAAUUGCCCACCCCAUCACGACUGUUUCGCAACUUGUCAGAAAUCAACAGGGAGUGUCGUGGAGUAUUCGUAGGGGUACACUUUUGGAACAGUUCCUUCGGGAAACGGAUGACCCAAAAUACCUCCGCUUGCACAACGGAGCGAACUUCAUCACCGAAGAGUCGGAGCAAAUGAUCGCCUCGAUUCGGGGUGGUCAUCAUGUGCACAUCGACUGGAGAACCAAUCUGAAAUAUUUGAUGAAGCGAGAGUUUCUAAAAAGCGAUCGCUGUGACUUCGUGCUCAGCAUGGACGAGUUUUUGGACGAGCAGAUAGCGCUGGCCAUGCCAAAGAACAGUCCCUACAUCGACGUUAUCAACGAUGAAAUCAUCAAAAUGCAACAGUUUGGCUUCAUGCAGCGCUGGCUGAAGAAGUAUCUCCCGACGGAGGAUAAAUGUUCCAAAGUUCGCCGGAAUUCGGAGGUGGAAAAUCACACUGUUAACAACGAUGACAUGGCGGGCUCCUACUACGUGCUGUGCAUAGGAUUUUCCGCCAGUAUGGGUUUGCUUCUAAUAGAAUUCGCAUGGCGAUGGUACCGAAAAUCAAAGGAACAGACACUACAACCUUUCACCGAGUGAAAAAAGGAGGGGUGGCGCAAUAUCCGCUGCAAUAGAGAGCUAGCAAGUUAUUUGCUGCUGAUAUUUGGUAUGAUUCUUGGAGUGAUUUAUUGCAAAUCAGUGAUAGUGGCAAUUUUAUGGGAUUAAUCAUGCGACACAGACCGUUGGCAACCCGUUCAGGAUCAACUCUAACGACACCCAUUACGUUUCUUUUCCCGUACACGCGAGAUCGUUAAACUCACAUUAUAAGUGGCAGCUGUCGAGCAAACCCGAGCGUAAUUUGCGUUCGUGUUAAGCUCCGUGCUCCACCUACCGGAAAAAGCGACAGCACUGCACUAAAAAUAGUCUAGCACACGUCUGAUAAUGUUUGUCCAAAAUUAAAACAAUCACCUGUAGACUAGCUGGCGGGUUUACGCGUCAGUUCUACGUAAACACCAGACUCUAGACGUCAACUUUUUCUUUCACUUUCACACUGGGUAACUAGCCGAUCUUUGCGCGGGAUUAACCAGUGACAUAACGCGCAGCAUAUGAACACCCAUAGGAAUAUCAAACACCCUGCGUUUCCAUCUUUCUUCUUUCACAAAGCAAUCGUUUGGUGAUUCACUUGCAACCAGUAGAUAAGCAUUAAGAAUAAAUUUUCAGUCACAAAGACCGCACAGAGCACAUCAUUAUCACUCACAUUAAUGUCUGAAUGUCUCAAGGUCAUCGUAACUCGCUCGAGCAUCAGUGGCAAACUGAGCAACACUCAUCUUGUUGAACAAAGUCAGCAAAAAAAUACUUGCGAAAGUUACUGCCUGUGAAUGGCGACCGGUUCGGAAGAAAGAGGUACAGCGCCAAAACCGAACAUCUAUUGUAUUUUUGAGGCGGAAUGUGCAGAAUCUU